GGAGUGCAGAGUGCGGACCCCACUACAGCCAAGGCCGAGGAGUCCUGGGGGACUCCGCCAGAGACGGAGUCAGUGUUGUGUGCGCGGUGCAGCAGCUCUCCAGCAGCGCAAUGGACGGAUUAUCAGCACUUCUGGUAGCCGUAGCAUCAGCGCUCUUCUGUGUAUCUGCGUCUACCCCGCCGCACAUGGUCGUCAUAUUGGCUGAUGAUUUGGGAUGGAACGAUGUCGGUUUCCACGGCUCUGAUCAGAUCCCAACUCCCAACAUUGACGCUUUGGCCUACAACGGGGUGAUUCUCAACAGCCACUACACUCCCGCGCUCUGCACUCCCUCCAGAUCUGCCUUCAUGACUGGAAAAUACCCCAUACACACCGGCAUGCAGCACCUGGUAAUUUUGGAGGCAGAGCCAUGGGGACUGCCUCUACACGAGAAGUUGCUACCAGAGCACCUGCGCACCCUGGGGUACCGCACCCACGCCAUCGGCAAGUGGCACCUGGGCUUCCACAGACAGGAGUACACCCCCACCUUCCGUGGCUUCGACUCCCACUACGGCUACUACCAGGGCUUCCAGGACUACUAUGAUCACUACGUCAAAGCCACGUUCUUGCCGUACUCCGGGUACGAUAUGCGCCGCAACCUGACUGUCGACUGGGCCGCUCAAGGUCGAUACUCUACGGACAUCUUCACAGAGGAGGCUGUCCGGGUGAUCCAGGACCACAAUCCCCAGGACCCUCUGUUCCUGUACCUCUCCCACCUCGCCCCUCACGCUGGCACUGGUAAGGAGCCCUUCCAGGCGCCCGACGAGGAGGUGGCAAAGUUCAGCCAUAUCGUGGACCCGGAGCGCCGCGUUUAUGCUGCGAUGGUGUCACGAUUGGACCAGUCCGUAGGUGAAGUGGUUGCAGCACUGAGAACUCGCGGUAUGUUGGGAAACAGCAUCAUAGUGUUUAUGUCGGACAACGGAGCACCUACACACGGAAUCCACUCCAACAGAGGCUCCAACUUCCCUCUUAGAGGGAUUAAAGAGACACCAUGGGAGGGAGGUGUUCGUUCAGUCGCAGCUAUCUGGAGUCCUCUGAUGCAACGUAGACAACGAGUCUCCACACAGCUGAUGUACAUGACAGACUGGCUGCCUACCUUGUACUCCGCUACAGGUCAUAAUGUGUCUGAACUGGGCGAGAUAGACGGUGUAGAUAUGUGGGAAGCCCUGGUAUCUGACAAGACUUCACCUCGUAAGGAGUUUGUUCACAACAUUGACGACGUUGGAGAUGUUUACGCUGCCCUGCGGAAGGGAGACUGGAAGUACAUCAAAGGUAAUGUACACAAGGGUGUAGCAGACGGAUGGUACGGAGAGACUGGUCGUGGAGUUGAAGGUCAGAAGUAUGAUGUGGAGGCUGUGUUGACAUCACGAGCCUCCGUAGCUCUUUCAGGCUUCACCACUUGGCAACAGAUUAGAGAGAAACAUCAAGUGAACUCUACCAGCCCAGCCUGGAUGCUGCUACACUCUGACACAGUGCUGACACUACGGCAGCAGGCUCAGCUGACCUGCUCAGCUACUGUGGUGGAGUGCCGGCCUCGCGAGGCUCCUUGCCUCUUCAACAUCAAGGAGGACCCGUGUGAGAGGCUAAACCUCGCGGAGGCUAGGCCCGAAGUGUUGGCGGAUAUGGAGAUACUGAUGGCUAUAUAUCGUCAAACAGUUGUUCCACCCAACAACAAGCCCAGCGAUCCUCGGGCUGACCCUGCCCUGUGGAACCACACGUGGGUGUCGUGGCAGGACGACCCACAAGUGGAAGUCCACUUGGUGCUGUUGAGUCGACGUCAGCUUGUCAGAGAAGCUCUCACUGCUGCCAUUAUCUUGGUGGCUGUGGUCGUCUUGGUGGCGGUGUUGCUGAGAGUAGGAUCACCAAUGGCGCUCAUCGCCAAACUAUCCUUAUCUGACAAAACCCACAAGAGACAGUUAGGCUCGCCUCAUGAGCAGGCAGAGAAGGCUACACUCACAUUUCCUCAGGGGUACUGACAGAUUAGACUAAAGUUUCAACAGAAGUUUGUUAGUUGUGUUGUGGAGUUAACAUCUCUGUUGUAUGGGAAAGGCUAAUUAGAUAUUCUAUCAUACAUAAAAUAUGUAUAAUUUUACUUCUGAAGAGUCAAUUUAUCUUGAAGUAAGUUUUGUGGUUCAAAAUUUCAAUCCCUAUUGUAUGGAAAGGCCGUCCUGACAAUUCCUCGGAUGUAUACUGGACGAUAUAAACUUAUACUUCUGAAGACUCGACUUCAUCUUCAAGGAAGUUUUGUAAUUCUGGAGUUUAGUCAUCACCUCAAUUGUACUAAUGGAACAGGAUAAUAUUCCCUCGGCUGAAAUGUGAUAAACUAUGUGACUAUUGUUUCUGACAACCUACAUCUGUACCAGUAUGUCUAUUAAUCAAAUAACAUGUUUGUGGUUCUGAAGUUUUUUUGUGUAGGUGAGCUUCCUCAAUGCAUAAGAACCAGAUUAAGAACUAGUUCAGGUGUGUUAAGUUUACAUUCAAAAGAGUCCAAAUGUUAUUCUAAUAUUUUUAAUUAAUUGUAUUAUCAUUAAGUUUAUUCAAUUUCUAUCUCAGUUAUAUCAUAGCUAAAACAUACUCCUUAGUAGAUUUCCCAUCCUUAUGGAACAGCUAUAGCCAAUUUUAUUGUUAGUUCUGUCCGGUGUACUGUAGAUGUCUUGUUUUGUUUACAAUUGAGUGGAGUCUAUCUCGGCCUUUAUAAAAAAAACCACCUCCAAAUUUCUGAAGUCUUUAAACAAUGUUCCUGGUGCACUAGCUUUUCAUCUUAGCGAAGCAACUGAGAACAGGAGGCUACGUCGAAGGCUUCCUCAAGAUAUAUUGGAUGAAUGAAACCUAAAGAAGAUAUAAUAUUUUUAUCUAAAUUAAUUAUGUUACAGGGUGUCUCAGGUCUGGGCAAACCCAUGGUGGAAGGAAAAAACAUAGGUGUGCUAUUCCCGUCAUAUUGGUUUUGAUUUGGUUGUUAUUGUUUUUAUAAUGUGUGUUUUUAUAAAAAAACAAUAACAACCAAAUCAAAACAAAUACAUACUAAUUUGACAGUUACAAUCAGGUGAUCUUUUGUUUGCAAUCCACGUGACGUCAGAAUAUGACGGGAAUAGCACACCUAUGUUUUUUCCUUCCACCAUGGGGCAAACCCAUGAUGUUAUUAUUGUUAUUUUCUUGUUUAUUUUGUUAAUGCUUCUGUGAAUAAUGUCAUCAUUGAACCAGAAAUAAAUUCUGUAAAAAAAAUUCUAUUAUUUUAGGGUUAUAGUUUCUCAUGAUCUGUGCCUCACUGUUUGGUUAUACAAUAACUAUUGGACAAGUUAUUAUUGUCUGCUGCUCCAUAAGGAUGGAAAAUCUAUACCAAGGAGUAUGUUUUAAAGGUUUUAUCUAUGGUUAUAUCAUUGACUAUUGGAUACAGAAGUUGUUGUAUUAAUAGUCAAAGGUUUUAUGAUGAGGUACCGGUAAUAAAUUAAUCUUGUGUUUUUAAUAUAAGAUAAUAAUUCGUAUUUUUUUAUUUUAUAUAUGUUUUCUUGUUCAGAUUAAAAUUUUUUUCAUUUACUGUGGCUAAGAUUGACUUAACACUUUUUUACCAAGGAUUUUUUUAAUAGCAACAGGUCCAUCUAUUUAUUACAGUUAGUAAUAACGUCAUUAAAUGUAUGUUACUUAUUUAUCUAUUAUAAUUAUUUAUUAUAUAUAGUAGAAGUGUUUAUUGUUAUACUUGCUGUAUGUACUGAAGUUAAACAUUAUAAGUUGUUAAAUCUAAUAUUUACAAUUAUUUUAUCUUGAGUUAUGUGAUAAUUGAGUAUCUAAUUUAGUAAGUGAGUGAGUGAAGUUUGUAGUCAAUGUUUUAUGAAAGUGCAUUCAUAGUCCAUUAAUAUUUUCAUUUGUAUGCAGUCUACCUACCUCAUUAGGAACAUACGAGGACUGUUCAUAAAGUAUGAUAGGUGCGACACUGAUCGCACAAUUUCUAGUGAUAGUAGUUCCCCUCCUCAAAGACUGUCUAUGCCAUUGUCCCAAUGUUAAAGCUUAAAAAGUGCACAACAAUAUCCCCCCCCCCCACCCCAAUUAUGGAACUACUGAAGUCAAUCUAAGGGAGAAAUUCUUCAUUUGAAAAAUUAACUGUCUUUCUACCAAAAGUUUUUAACUACUCUCUCAGGAACAAAAUCGUAAUGCUUUUACCAAGUUACUACUGUUCUAUUUCAUUGCAGUAACUGUUAUUAAGGAUUAAAUCCAAGUUUAACCUAAAUAGCUUUGUGUAACAAAGAUAAAUGGAUAUAAAAGUUUGUUUUGACACGAUUAAACAUUCAAACUAGAUA